GAGGCCCAGAGGGGGCGAAGGGUCCGGCUGCGGCUGCGGCCCGGGGCUCAGAGCCUCCGCCUCCGCCUCCGCCUCGGGCUCGCCCCACUCCGCGCCCCGCGCCCCGCCACCAUGCCGCUCAGCCGCAGCCUAUCCGUGUCGUCGCUGCCCGGCCUGGAGGACUGGGAGGACGAGCUGGACCUGGACAACGCCGUGCUCUUCGAGGUGGCCUGGGAGGUGGCCAACAAGGUGGGGGGCAUCUACACCGUGCUUCAAACGAAAGCCAAGGUGACCGGAGAUGAGUGGGGGGACAACUACUACCUGGUGGGCCCCUACACGGAGCAGGGAGUGCGGACCCAGGUGGAACUCCUAGAGCCCCCCACCCCAGCCCUGCGCAAGACCCUGGACUCCAUGAACAGCAAGGGCUGCAAGGUGUACUUUGGCCGCUGGCUGAUCGAGGGCAGCCCCCCCGUGGUGCUGCUUGACGUGGGGGCUGCCGCGUGGGCCCUGGAGCGGUGGAAGGGCGAGCUCUGGGACACCUGCAGCAUCGGGGUCCCCUGGUACGACCGCGAAGCCAACGACGCCGUCCUCUUUGGCUUUCUCACCACCUGGUUCCUGGGCGAGUUUUGGGCUCAGAGUGAAGAGAAGCCGUUCAUCGUGGGCCAUUUCCACGAGUGGUUGGCGGGCGUGGGCCUGUGCCUGUGCCGGGCCCGCAAGCUGCCCGUGGCCACCAUCUUCACCACGCAUGCCACGCUUCUGGGUCGCUACCUCUGUGCGGGCGCCGUGGACUUCUACAACAAUCUGGAGAACUUCAACGUGGAUAAGGGCGGGGAGCGGCAGAUCUACCACCGCUACUGCAUGGAGAGGGCGGCCGCCCACUGCGCUCAUGUCUUCACCACCGUGUCCCAGAUCACGGCCAUCGAGGCUCAGCACCUGCUGAAGAGGAAGCCAGAUAUCGUGACCCCCAAUGGGCUCAACGUGAAGAAGUUCUCCGCCAUGCAUGAGUUUCAGAACCUGCACGCCCAGAGCAAGGCUCGCAUCCAGGAGUUUGUGAGGGGUCAUUUCUAUGGCCACCUGGACUUCAACCUGGACAAGACCUUGUACUUCUUCAUCGCCGGCCGCUACGAGUUCUCCAACAAGGGCGAUGUCUUCCUAGAGGCCCUGGCCCGACUCAACUACUUACUCAGGGUGAAUGGCAGUGAGCAGACUGUGGUGGCCUUCUUCAUCAUGCCCGCGAGGACCAACAACUUCAACGUGGAGACCCUCAAGGGUCAGGCAGUGCGGAAGCAGCUCUGGGACACGGCCAACACAGUGAAGGAGAAGUUUGGGAGAAAGCUCUAUGAAUCCCUCCUGGUUGGGAGCCUCCCGGACAUGAACAAGAUGCUGGACAAGGAGGAUUUCACCAUGAUGAAGAGGGCCAUCUUCGCCACACAGCGGCAGUCCUUCCCCCCUGUGUGCACCCACAACAUGCUGGACGACUCCUCGGACCCUAUCCUCACCACCAUCCGCCGUAUUGGCCUCUUCAACAGCAGCGCCGACCGAGUCAAGGUGAUCUUCCACCCCGAGUUCCUCUCCUCCACCAGCCCCCUGCUCCCAGUAGACUAUGAAGAGUUUGUCCGGGGCUGCCACCUGGGAGUCUUCCCCUCCUACUAUGAGCCCUGGGGCUACACGCCUGCGGAGUGUACUGUCAUGGGCAUCCCCAGCAUCUCCACCAACCUGUCGGGUUUUGGCUGCUUCAUGGAGGAGCACAUCGCAGACCCCUCUGCCUAUGGCAUCUAUAUCCUUGACCGGCGGUUCCGGAGCCUGGACGACUCCUGUACCCAGCUGACUUCGUUCCUCUACAGUUUCUGCCAGCAGAGCCGCAGGCAGCGAAUCAUCCAGCGGAACCGCACGGAGCGGCUCUCAGAUCUGUUGGACUGGAAGUACCUGGGCCGGUAUUAUAUGUUCGCCCGCCACAUGGCCCUAGCCAGGGCUUUCCCGGAUCAUUUCACAUACGAGCCUCAUGAUGCCGAUGCUACACAGGGCUUCCGUUACCCACGGCCCGCUUCGGUGCCCCCAUCGCCUUCACUGUCCCGCCACUCCAGCCCCCACCAGAGUGAGGGUGAAGAAGAGGAGGAAGAAGAGAAUGCCCGGAAGUCAGGCUUUGAGGACAGUGAGCGCUACAAUGAAGAGGAGGAGGCUGAAAAAGACCGAAGGAACAUCCGCGCCCCUGAGUGGUCCAGGCGGGCCUCAUCUGCCAAGCGGGGCUCUGUUGACACGGCCCCCUCCAGUUCUCCCAGCACCCCCAGCGAGCCCCUCAGUCCUGCCAGUUCUGUGGGUGAGGAGCGUAACUAAGGAGGGCUUCCUCUUCUCCAAGCACCCCAGGCUCUCCCUCUCCUCCAUUCCUGUGUGCUGUGCACGGGCCAUUGUAUGCCAGGCCCCUUGUAUCUUCUGGAGCCUGCAUCCUAAGGAAUGCCAGUGUUCCCUGAGUCCUGGGAUAUUGCCUUAAUAGAGGCUCCCCAAGGCCUCCUACCUUUCUACCUGUCUCUGCUCUAUAACUUCAGGGUCCCGAGUACCCAGGAUCCCUGUGUUCUAGAACUGAGCCUCUUCUUCCUUGUCCCCUUUGAGAAUCCACAUUCUAAAGGGCUCAUGUGAUAACACUCCAGGCCAGGGACUGUUUCACUAUCAUGCACUCCCAGAUAAUGCCCAGCCUUGGUCCAGAAUCCCCCACUUCGCCCUUAUCUUCUAGGGCUUUGGCCCAACCCAAAGCUUUCCACUGUCACUCCAACACCCAUGGCCCCUUAAGCUGGCUCCUUGGUUUGUCCCCACUCCCCUAGAGCCUGCAGGUGCUCAAGACCAAGGACCCUGCGUGUGUUGUGUGUGUGUGCGCCUGUGUGCAAUGUUUGUGACCUCCUGCAGCUCAGGUUGGUUUGCUGUGGGGGUUGGUGGCCUAGAACCAGUCACCCCAAUGGUUGGGGAAUUCUCCGUCCAAGGGUUUUUAAAAGGCCUAUAUAAAGAAUAAAGAGUUUUUCUCCAUCGCUGACCUUCCCAUGCA